AUGAAAAAUAAAAAAGAUUACUUCCUCCUCACCUACCUGUUUUUCAGGGAGUUAGUAUCAGAAGGCACACGUCUCGACGAGGCGCUGCAUACUUGCGAUCAAAUCGAAAAGUUGGCCGAGAUCGGAAGGGAGGUCGACAUUUUUUCGGUGCAGACGAGGAUUGUGGAGAAAGAGGAGCUUUUGGGGCGGAUGAACAAAGAAAGGAAUGUGAAGAGUCAAAGGAUCGAAGUGCUCACCGAGCUGGUGACGGUCAAGAAGGCCAAUUUGGCGACGUGGCGGACCGAAGAGGAGGCGUUGAAGGGGACCGUCGAGGCGAUGGUUUCGGUGGGACCGCACUUCGAGUUAAUGUUCCUGAAUCCAAUCGAUUCGUUUAGGGUCCUCAAGAAGAGUUCCGAAAGUGUGUCGAGGAGCUUCUGAAAUUCUCAAAUGCCGACAUCAAAACCAUGGCCAAAAUCACAAAGCCGUCGAUCGGAAUUCGACUGUGUUGUGACAUGCUUCGCACGAUUUUCGAUCCCAACUUCAAGCCCAGUAAGUUUUGACGUCUCACGAGGACCAACGGAAACAUUCUCAGAACGUCACGCGGCCGAAACGUGGCAGGAGACUGUGAAAAUCGUGUGCGAGAAGGCGUUCUUCAUCAAACUCGCCACUUCCGACGUCGACAUUCUGAGUGUGGAUCAGAUGAAAGUGCUGAAGAAAUACGUGGAACGUGUCGAGUUUAAUGCGAACAAACUCGAGCACGAGUCCCUUGUUUGCGCGUGUCUCUGCCGAUGGAUCAGUGCGUUUUUGGAGCUGGCCGCGUGAGCACUACUUUAUGAUCUUUCUAAAUACUGGUAACGCUCUCAGAACGUGGCGAGUGAUGGAGGAGCAAGUGGAGGAGGGCAAAGAGCUCCGCGAGCAGAUUCGGAAGACUGAGGAGAAGUGUGCGAGCGAGAGCGGCGAGUUGGAGCAGUUGAAGAAGGAUGUCGAUAAAGUGGGGCGUAGCACGGUCUCGAGAUCCGACAAUGGGCGCAAGUUCGCCCCGCCCGCCCAAUAGAGCGAUACAUUGGCGCGAAAUUCAAAUUUUAACAGCAAAAUUUGUGUUUUUUGCCAGAAUUUCAGUUGCUUUUCGGUAGUUUUAGCGGUUCGAGUGCUCAAAAUGCUUGUACUUACGUGAUUCAUCAUUCUUAAAAUUAAUUCUGUCUGAAAACGGUCAAGAAAGCGCAAAAUGAAAAGUGCGGUUUUUAGGCGGCAAAGGCGAAAAAGCAAAGUCGGCGAAAAAUGCGCCAAAACGUCAUUAAUUCUGAGAAUUAGUGUGUUUUCAUGUCGAACAAUCAUUUUUCAUUGCCGUUGACCACAAGAAUCAGUGAAAACCUGCAAAAAUUUUAUCCUGAACAACUUUGCAGUUGGCCAUUUUCGUUCAAAAUGAGUGCUUCUCAAGUUGUGACAGAAUCUUUGCAGCUAACCUCUCUGAUCCGCGAGAACGACCAAAUUCUGGCGAAUGACCGUCGUCUCUGCGACUAUCGGUUGCGAAGUGGGGACUUGUUGGCAACUCUCGAGCCGCAUCGAAAACGAUGGAAGUCACAAUUGAGGCACAACGAGAAGCGGCAGGACGAACUCAUCGGCAACACGCUCCUCUUCUCCAUUCACAGAGCGCACUUGCUUUGCCACGAGCGGAUCGUCACGUCGGUCAGUUUGUCAACAUUUUUUUCGCGAAACUCUGAAAAAUCUAGCGUUCUUUUUUUUUGAGAAAGCAAUUUCAGAUGUGUACCUCGUUGUGCACCGCGCAUCUCAGCUCGCUCGGCGUUGCGUUCGACGCGUCGGUGGCCACGCCCGCCUCGGUCGUCCACCGAAUUCUGCGCACGCUCAAGUCGUCCCGCCGCUUCUGCCUCUUCGUGUGCCCCUCCGAAUCGCUGCUUCUCAACGUGCGCGCCGUGCUGCCCGUUGCCACGUACGUCGAUAUGAGUGUGAUGACGUGGAAAGACGCCCAGUUGGCUUCGGCGCUUCCGAAGCACGUCUACUCGAUCGUUCCGACCGUCUUCUUCAAUAUCCGCGAGGUGCCGCCGCCGGAAAUGUACGAGAUUCUGAUGAAGAGCGAGGAGAAGGAGGUGUGCUAUCGGAAUCGGUCUCUCGAACUUCCCGACGAUAUUCUUUUCGUUUUUGUCGCCGAACAACUCGGCCAUAUUCCCGAUCAGAUUAAGAAAUUGGUAAGUUAUUCCGAGUUUCGACCGGAAAAAAUCAAUAUUUCCAGAUGGAAGUGAUCAUAAUUUCAAGCCCGCUAGACCUUAUAGAUGACGGCAAAAAGGCCGAGAGGUUUGUGGAUAGGAAAAGUUGUUCAUGCCAAAAAAUGUUUCAGAAAUGAGUUGUCAAGUCUUUUGGGCGAGUUCACCGCCGCCGAUAUUCUCGAAUCCCGCGAGUUGACGCGAAAAGCGAUGCAGUUGGCGUCGGCUUCUUAA